CGCCUAUCCGAAGCUCAACCCAAAAUGCACGACACCACCUUCACCGCUUUCGUCCCUCCCCACAAGGUCGACUCCCCUGUCCCUGUGGUGCUCUUCCAGUCCGGCCACGGCUCCAAUUCCGCAUGUCACGCUCCCCUGAUGAACGCGCUCGCCUCUGAAGGCUUCGUCUGCGUUCUGCCCGACCGCGAUACGGACACCCUGAACACCCCGGAAGGAGACGCUGUUGAGCAUAUAUUCACCGAGGGCAAGCUCACGGCGGCGCUCUCCACCGAUGGCACGCACCUCGCCGCGGCCUACGAAUGGCUCCUCGCCCAAGGUGGCGUCGUCAGUGGUCAAAAAGUUGACACCACCAAGGUCGCCGUGGGAGGGUUCUCCAUGGGAGCCAUUGAGGCCAUCAACUUCGCCAGCCAGAAACAGGGCGCCGGGGGUAUCUCGGCCGUCUUUCUGAUCUCCUCGUCCACCUCGGAGAAUGCCGAGCCGUUGUACCAGUUCAAGGAAACAGACUUGGUGGACAAGGUCUCCAAGUUUACGAUCCCGUCGCUCUACAUAACCUCCGACAAGGACUGCAUGCACGACGCCACAAAAAAACUCGCGGUGGCUGCUGCGAAGCCCUCCGCGCUCGUCGUGUUCAAGGACGAAGUGCUCGAUAACUCCAUGACGCUCACGCAGGAGCUUUCCAUCUGGCACACGAGGCACAUCGAGAUGAUCCCUGGCCUGGCGCAGCACUUCGCCUUGGCCGCGGAGGCAAAGGUUGUUGCCAAGGAGCCCGUCGUCGGCUUUUUGAGGCGAACCCUGCUGCACGCGGGUGGUAUCUGGUCCGACGAAUUGGUCAAGGCAUCGGACUGCGUCGCCGUCGUGGACCAGAUGCUCGUCCACAACUCGGUGGCGUGAGCGCUCUUGUACAUCUUGUGCUGACUGACACUUAACAUCACCUUUGUGCCUCCGGCACUGUUUUGGUUAAAUUUGGAUGUCCAUUCC